AUGAUUAAUGCAUCACCACCAUCAUCAUCCUCCUUUGAAAGAGAUAAACAACUAUUCAGUCUCCUCCUUUUAUUGGUCUUCCUUUUCGCCACGUCCAUUAAUGCUGCUCUUCCUUCUUCUUCAUUUAGAGUUGCUUCCGCUUCCAUUAAUUAUGGUUUUGAUCAAAGAGAAGCAAUGGAGGCUCUCCUUCAAUGGAAGUCCAGCCUUAUUCUUCGUUAUAACAAUUCCCAACCACUACUCCCUUCAUGGACGAUACAGAUGAUGGCAAAUGGAAGCAGAAGCAGCCCAUGCAAAUGGGAGGGAAUUACUUGCAAUGAGGAAGGAGUCAUCACCAUAAUAAACCUCUCCCGAAUGGAUUUGAAAGGUACGCUCCAUGACUUUAACUUCUCAUCCUUCCCUAACCUCCUCCGUUUUGAUCUCCAUAGAAACUCACUUUUUGGUCUCAUCCCUCCCACCAUUGCCAACCUUUCCCAACUCACCCACCUCUAUCUCUACAAAAACAAUUUCAACGCCUCAAUCCCUGCUACUUUAGCCACUCUGAACCACCUGGCUACUCUACAGCUCAGUUACAAUCAACUUUCUGGUUCAAUUCCGGCGUCUAUUGGAAACUUGACAUAUCUUACUGUACUUAGUUUGUAUAGCAACAGUCUCAGUGGUUCAAUUCCGGCGUCUUUGGGAAACUUGACAUCUCUUACUGUACUUUCUUUGUAUAGCAAUGGUCUCACUGGUUCAAUUCCGGCGUCUUUUGGAAACUUGACAUCUCUUGCUAUACUUUCUUUGUAUAGCAAUAGUCUCAGUGGCUCAAUUCCUGCUUCUUUUGGAAACUUGAGAUCUCUUACUGCACUUAAUUUGAGUAACAAUAGUCUCACUGGCUCAAUUCCUCUUUCUUUAGGAAAUUUGACCAAUCUAUUUUAUAUUGGUGUUCAUAACAACCAAUUGUCCGGUCAAGUACCUCAGGAAAUCAACAAUCUUACAAAAUUGGAAUUCUUGCAACUUGGAAGUAAUCAUUUUAACGGGUAUUUACCACAACAUAUAUGUAAAGGGGGUUAUUCAGAACUACAAUAUAUUUCUGUAGAUAGUAACUAUUUCAUAGGCCCGAUACCCAAAAGCAUGAGAAAUUGCACCAGCCUAAUAAGAGCCCGACUUGAUAAUAACCAUCUCACUGGAAACGUAUCAGAAGUCUUCGGUGUUUACCCCAAUUUAGAUUACAUCGAUCUGAGCUACAAUCAAUUCUAUGGGGAGGUUUCACAGAAUUGGGCCAAGUGCCUAAAAUUAACAAACCUAAAAAUCUCAGGAAACAAGAUUUCCGGUCAAAUACCACCAGAGCUUGGAGAGUUAACUCAACUGCAUGGACUUGAGGUUUCUUCCAAUCUCUUGGUAGGUCAGAUUCCAAUAGAAAUGGGGAGGCUUAGCUCUUUGGUGACACUAAAGUUAAACGAUAACCAACUCUCUGGCAUAGUACCUAAGGAGUUGGGAUUGUUCUCCAACCUUCAGCAUCUUGACCUCUCAAUGAACAAUCUAAGUGGAUCAGUUCCAAAUCAACUAGGGAAAUAUUGCACGGAUCUUCUUUAUUUGAACUUGAGCAAGAAUAAAUUCAGCGGAAGCAUUCCAGUUGAAUUUGGAAAUUUAGUUUCCCUACAGAUACUACUGGACCUUAGCGGUAACUUGUUCACAGGAAAGAUCCCUUCGCAGCUUGGAAGCUUGGACAAGCUAACAAAUUUGAAUCUCUCUCAUAACAAGUUGCUCGGUUCCAUUCCAUCAACUUUCACUGCAAUGCUCAGUUUGAUAACCAUUGAUGUAUCCUACAAUGAGUUAGAGGGUCCUCUACCUGAUAAUCGAGCCUUCCAAAAUGCUCCAAUGGAAGCUUUCAUUCACAAUAAAGGUUUGUGCGGCAAUGCCACAGGUUUGCGACCUUGCAAUAUUUCUAAGCAAUCCCCCAAAAAAGAGAGACACAAAGCCGUGUUCCUUAUGAUCAUAUCUCUCUUAUUAGCAGUACUAUUGUUUCUUCUAUUUGCAUUUCUUGGGACAUUUUUGUUUUAUCGUUGUCGAAGGGAGAGAUGCAUGGAAGAGGAGAACCCAAUUACAAACCAACAACAACGUAGAGAUGUGUUUACAAUAUGGAACUAUGAUGGGAGAAUAGCAUACCAAGACAUCAUUGAAGCAACUGAGCAGUUUGACUCCAAAUAUUGCAUUGGUGUGGGAAGACAUGGAAGUGUUUAUAAAGCAGAGUUGUCAUUAGGUCAAUUAGUAGCAGUCAAGAAGUUUGCCGCCUCUUCUUCAGAUGGCGAUGAGAUUUCAGAUCCAGAAACUUUCAGAAACGAAAUUCAAAUUAUGACAGAAGUGCGACAUCGAAACAUCGUAAAGUUGUAUGGUUUCUGUUCACAUGUGAGGCACUCAUUUUUGGUUUAUGAAUACGUGGUGAGAGGAAGCUUGGCUAAGAUCCUUAGCAUAGAGGAAGAAGCGACAGAAUUGGAUUGGACUAAAAGGGUUAACAUUGUCAAAGGUGUUGCUCAGGCUCUAGCUUACAUGCACCAUGAUUGCUCACCCAUAAUAAUUCAUCGAGACAUAUCUAGCAACAAUAUUUUGUUGGAUUUAGACUUUGAGCCUCAUGUCUCGGAUUUUGGCGUUAGUAGAAUUCUAAAAUCUAAUUCAUCCCUUUGGACAACUCUUGCUGGAACAUAUGGAUACGUUGCGCCAGAACUUGCUUACACAAUGAGGGUGACUGAAAAAUGUGAUGUCUAUAGCUUUGGCAUAGUAACAUUGGAAGUGAUAAUGGGAAAGCAUCCUGGAGAACUUAUCGCAACUUUGUCAUCGUCAUCCUCUUCAACAUUGCCAUCUAUUGAGAAAAACAUAUUGUUGAAGGAUAUACUUGAUCAACGUAUCUCACCUCCCAUAAAUCAAGUUGAUGAGAAAUUAAUUUUGAUUAUGAAGUUGGCAUUUUCUUGUUUGCAUGAAAAUCCACAAUCUCGGCCAACAAUGCAACAAGUGUCACAAGAGCUAUCAAUUUGCAAUGUUUCCCAAAGCAAUUCCACACAAAAACUUUGGUAGAACUAU